CGCUGACUCUGGCCGCCGUGGGUCACCCGGUGCUGUCACGUGGCCGCCGUGUCGUGCAAAACAUAGCAGCAAAAAACGGCGGCCAUGAGCUCUAUGCUUCGUCAAGUGGUUUCCCGAGCAAAAAGUGGGACAUUGUUACGAGCCGGUGAAGGCACCCUUGCGCAUCGCAUACGAAACCGGCUGGCAUCCGGCUGGAGCUAUGUGUCGUGCCCGGGCAACGAACCACUACGGGACUUGACCGUCGGCGACACCGUCGACCGGGCCGCCGAGGGCUUCGGUCACCGGGAAGCCCUCGUCUCCUGCUUCGAAGGCAUACGUAAAACGUAUGGGGAGGUCAAGGAAGAGGCGGACCGUCUGGCGGCCGGUCUGCUGCGCCUGGGCCUGCAGCGCGGCGACCGACUGGCCAUGUGGGGGCCCAACUGCUACCACUGGUACCUCACGCAGUUUGCAGCCGCCAAAGCAGGCCUAGUGUUUGUGACCAUAAACCCAGUGUUUAGACCAGAAGAGUUGGAGUACUGCCUCAACAAGGUGGGAGUGCGGGCGCUGGUGUGCCCUCCCGCGCUGCGCACUCAGGAGUACUAUAAGUUCGUCUGCGAGGUGGCGCCGGAGCUUCCCAACUCGCCGCCAGGGUCGCUACAAUCGACCACCGCGCCCGACCUGCGGCAUGUCAUAACGCUGGGAGACCAGCAACUGCCAGGCACGGUGCGACUCACAGACGUCUUGGACUCGGCCACGUCGACGGACGUCGCUGCCGUACACGAUCUCGCCAAGAGGAUUCAGUUCGACGAGCCGUGCAAUAUCCAGUUCACCUCGGGCACCACGGGCCGUGCGAAGGCCGCCACGCUUAGCCACCACAACAUCGUCAACAACAGCUACUUCGUGGGCAAGCGCUUCUGCGCGGACCAGACGUGGCACCGGGCUCUGCUCUCGGUGCCCAUGUUCCACUGCUUCGGCUGCGUGGCGGCUAACCAGCUGUUCAUGCAGCACGGCGGCACGAUCGUCCUGGCGGCCCCCGUCUGGGACAAAACUCUCACCCUGGACACCAUCGAGAGCGAGCAUGCAACGCUGAUAUACGGCACUCCAACCAUGUUCAUUGAUCUGUCGUCGUGCCCCGACCUGGCCCAGCGAGAUCUGCACACGCUGGAGCUGGGCGUCUCGGGAGGCGCCCCACUGCCGGUCAAAGUCAUGCAAGAGGUGAUGCAGCGCAUCGGCAUGAAGAACGCUCUGAUGAUGUACGGCAUGACGGAGACCAGCCCAAACACAUUCCAGUCGUUCCCCGAGGACGACCUGGAGACGCGCGUGGGCAGCAUCGGCUUCCCGCAGGACCACCUGGAGGCCAAGGUGGUGGACACCGCUGGCACCGUGGUGCCGCGGGGUACGCCUGGCGAGCUAAUGCUCCGUGGCUAUGCUAACUUCCUCGGAUACUGGGGCGACGAGGAGGCCACGCGGCAAAUCUUCACCGCCGACCGGUGGCUGAAGACCGGAGAUCUGGCCACCAUGGACGAGCGCGGCUACGGUCGCAUCAUAGGACGCAAGAAGGAUAUGGUGAUUCGAGGCGGGGAGAACAUCUUCCCAAAGGAAGUGGAGGAUCUUCUCACCACACACCCUGCCGUGUUGGAGGCAUAUGUGAUCGGGGUGCCGGACGAGCGUCUGGGCGAGGAGCUGUGCGCCUUCAUCCGGCUGAAGCCCGGCCAGAUCGCCGACGCCGAGGAUCUCAGGGCCCACUGUCAGCAGCAUGUCGCGGCUUUCAAGACACCUCGGUAUUGGCGUUUCCGCGACGAUUUCCCCCGCACGACCACCGGAAAAGUUCAGAAAUUCAAGCUUUCAGAAUUUGUGUGAAAGACGCGUUCAAUACCAUGAACAGGAUCUGUCAGUCGAAGGCUGUUUUGAGCUGCGCUUUUGCACAUGUGUAUGUAGCUAGAUUGCACCAAAUGACCUCAAUCCAUUCGAUUUCAAGAAGUCGGUACCAUCAAAAAAUGGCAUGCCACUUUAAAUGCAGACAUGCAUGAAACCAUGUUAAGUUGUGAUUGCCAUGCCCGCACGUUUUUUUAUAAAACGCGUCCGUUGUGCCCCGUUUUUCUUCCUUUACACGCUAAAGGGAUUAGAACUACCCAUCAUCAUCUGUAAGUUUACUGUUCCUUAGAAAGAAGAAAAUUCCGCUGGAAGAAAACAGCUUUCCAGUCAAAAAUGCUAACAAUUCAAAUGUUACCACGCUUCCGCUUUGCCUUAAACUGUAGCGUUAUUAGUGCUAUGGGCAUUGCCAUGAUUGGAAGUGCCAUUAGCGCGCAGUCUCCUUUGAUACAGCGCGUGUGAAGGCCAAAACUUUGCAAAAUUAUUACAGCAAAAAUACCAGCGUCUUAGCAAAGCUAAACGUACUGAAUGAGCGAGGAGGAGAAUAUACCGAAACGCUCUGCGCCCUCAAACUGGAAGCUGCUGUCUCGCCGUGCCCAACCCCUUUAAUGCCCUGUCAAACGCAAACGAGACUACUGUGACAAUGCUCUAAUGCCCGCGAACUGAUUGCUGUCAAAUAGUCCACAGCGACUGCGGGCUUCUUGUUGCUGAUGUGCUCUGCAUGGAACAUUCAGGAGUAUCAGGCCAAAUACAGGAGUAUCAGGCCAAAUACAGGAGUAUCAGGCCAAAUACAUAGCCUAAUUGCAAAUUGCGUUUAGCCUCCCGUUUAUCACGCCUGCACGGUCAUGACCAAGGGCGAUGAUCUUUGUGGGCCGUCCGAAUACAUGUCGCCGCUGGCUCACGUUCUUCUCGCACCAG